CGCGAUCCGGGCGCCGAGGGGCUGCCAUGGGGCGGGGAGCGGCCGCGGCGUCGGGACCCGGCUGAGGACGGCAAGCGGCGGCGGGGCGGCCGGCCCUGUGGGCCCGAGCCGGCCCGGGGGCGGCCACGCGGGCGCCCACGUCAGCGGACGGCCUUGGUGUGCGUCUCUCCCGAGCCACCGAGCAUCAGCUGCAGACAUGGAACGUGAGCACGUCGGCGGGAGCAAGGAGCUGGGCGUGGCCGCCCCCUUGUACCGUUGCUCGGCCUGCAAUGGGGACGAGGACUGGGGCCUCAGCCACCCCAUCCGGGGCCGCGCCAAGUCCCGCAGCCUGUCUGCCUCCCCGGCACUGGCUGGCAACAAGGAGUUCAGGAGGACUCGCUCACUGCACGGGCCCUGCCCGGUGACCACAUUUGGACCAAAGGCCUGCGUGCUGCAGAACCCCCAGGCCAUCAUGCACAUCCAGGACCCUGCGAGCCAGCGGCUGGCCUGGAACAAGCCGCCAAAGAGUGUGCUGGUGGUGAAGAAGCUGCGGGACGCCAGCCUACUGCAGCCCUUCAAGGAGCUGUGCUCGUACCUGACGGAGGAGAACGGUAUGAUCGUGUAUGUGGAGAAGAAAGUUCUGGAAGACCCGGCCAUUGUGAGUGACGCUCACUUUGGACCAGUGAAGAAGAAGUUCUGCACCUUCCGCGAAGAUUACGACGACAUUUCCAACCAGAUUGACCUCAUCAUCUGCCUGGGCGGGGAUGGCACGCUGCUGUACGCAUCCUCUCUCUUCCAGGGCAGUGUCCCCCCGGUCAUGGCCUUCCACCUGGGUUCCCUGGGCUUUCUGACGCCCUUCAGCUUCGAGAACUUCCAGCCCCAGGUCAUGCAGGUCAUCCAGGGGAACGCGGCUGUUGUUCUGCGGAGCCGCUUGAAGGUCCGGGUGGUGAAGGAACUUCGCGCCCAGCCGCCUGCCGUCUCCAACGGACUCAGUGAGCACCUCAGUGAGCACGGGGUGCCGGCCACUGCCCUGGACAUGGAACUGGGGAAGCAAGUGAUGCAGUACCAGGUGCUGAAUGAGGUGGUGAUUGACAGGGGCCCCUCAUCCUACCUGUCCAACGUGGACGUCUACCUGGACGGGCACCUCAUCACCACGGUGCAGGGGGAUGGUGUGAUUGUCUCCACCCCCACGGGGAGCACAGCCUACGCGGCAGCCGCCGGAGCCUCCAUGAUCCACCCCAAUGUGCCGGCCAUCAUGAUCACACCCAUCUGCCCCCACUCGCUGUCCUUCCGGCCCAUCGUGGUCCCUGCAGGGGUAGAGCUGAAGAUCAUGCUGUCCCCAGAAGCCAGGAACACUGCUUGGGUAUCCUUCGAUGGACGAAAGCGACAGGAGAUACGCCACGGAGACAGCAUCAGCAUCACCACAUCCUGCUACCCGCUGCCGUCCAUCUGCGUGCGAGAUCCCGUGAGCGACUGGUUCGAGAGCCUGGGCCAGUGUCUGCACUGGAAUGUGCGCAAGAAGCAGGCACAGUUCUCCGAGGAAGAAGAGGGUGGUGCCGAUGGCUAGAGUCCCGGCCAGGGACGUGGAGGCAGCCUUUGUCCACCACAUGACCUGUUAAUGUUUCAGAUCUGAUUCUUUUUUGUAUUUCUAAGUGAGGUGCCCAGCGCGCGGCAGGCACUGGGCAGUGGGUCACCUCCAGGCGCCUACUCUGAGUCAGUGAGGUCUUGGGGGCGCUUGUGGUUAAUCAGUCUGUUCUUUGGUGUGAAAGCAAUUGUCACGGCCUAAAUUCUCUCAAUGCACCAAUUCUCCCUGAUUCUGCACCUGUCCUUAGAAUGCUGGAGGGACACUGAGGGACUCAGUGCCAGCCUGGUUUGAUGGACAGCGAGGGGACUGUGGGCGCUGUGGCUCCACCGCCAUGAGUGGAGUAGUGGGGGCUGUCUGGUUGAUUAUUCUCAGGACGUCAGGCUUUUGGGGUCCCCAUCACCCCUUGACGAUGUGCCCCAGGGCCUGGCAAGGGAUUGCCCCAGGCCACGUGUUCUUGAGCUCCCGUGGGCCCCGCGGGGCGGGUGCACGUACCAGUGACCCUGGCGCCAGCUGGGCAGGAGGCCCCUGAGUUCCUGGGCAGCCCUGUGCCUUCGCCAGGCCGGGAUGGGCUGGCCUCAGUGGCCCCAUGGUGCCCUUGGCCAGGCAUGGGUCUGCAGAGCUGGCCCUGCUCCGGGUGUGCUGACCACUGCCUGACUCCUGCCCGCGUCUGCUCACAGGAAGGAAGGGCCUGGUACCCUAAUGUCCAUACUGUUAAUAUCUCGAAAGUUUGUUCAAUGUUGAAAAGCUUUAUCACUAUUUUCCGAUUCUUUCAAUAAACAGACUUGU